AUGAAAUCUAUAUUGAAUCCUGACAAAGAACUGAACGACGAAAGAUUCUGCGGAGACAAUGUCAUCCAAUUCUUUCUGUAUAUGCCAUUUGGUAUUGUGCUGGUGGUGUUCCGCUUGUUCCUGGCCCUGAUCCUGUGGAUAGCAUCUAUAAUAUUACCUGAUAAAUGGGCAAUCAGACAGAUGCUAUCAACUUUGGCGUGUUGGACAUUUGGUGUGUAUGUGAAGCUGAAAGGGACCCGAGAUCCGCGCUGUAGCGUCAUGAUCGCCAACUACGUGUCGUGUCUGGACUCCUUGGCCGCAGCACAUGUGCUUGGCACAAUCAGUUUGAGAAAAUGGAAAGUGCCACCGUUCUUCGCGUCAACCUUGGGAAUAAGAAAUGCGGCGCAGUUUAUUAGAAAACAGCAUUUCGGCGAGUGUCCAAGCAAGCCUAUACUCCUUCAGCCUGAAGGUGGACCCACUAACGGCAAAGCUCUGCUCAAAUUCACGGACUGGCCCUUCCCGCUCGGAAACAGAGUGCAGCCGGUCGCUAUCACGGUGGAGCGUCCCCUGACGCGUGUGACGGUACACGGUCCCGGCGACGCGCGCGACAAGUUCCCGUGGAGCGACGCGCUGUGGUUCCUGUGGGCGCCGCUCACCGCCUACACUGUGCGCCUGCUGCCGCCGCUCGAGCGACACGACGACGACGAGCCCGCGCUCGCUGCACGCGCCAGGGACGCGCUCGCCAACGCGCUGCAGAUUGAAAAGACAGAGUUCAAAUGGGAGGACCUGAACCGCGGCGCGGGAGUGACGCGCAGGCGCGAGCCGUCGCAGGACGCCAUGCGACUCGCACGACAGGUCAAGGAGGUGCUGCCUGCCGUGCCCAUCAAGGACAUACUCAAGGACUUGGCAACCACGCGCAGUGUUGACGUGACGAUCACCAAUUUCCUAGAAGGCAUCACGCCGUACAGGCCGGAGGUCCCGCCCCCCUCAGACCCGCAACCGAGCACAUCCCGUGCCCUCCCUGCCCCGCGCUACGUCACCCCCGUGCCCACAGGAGUCUUCCCCAAAACCGCCAAGGAACGACAGCUCAGUUUCCAAGAACGGAAGGCGCAAAUGAUCGCAGAAGCGAGACAGAGAUACAUAGAGAAGCACGGGCUAAAUGUAGCGCUCAAUUGUUGAGAAUUACAGUUAUUUAUGGAUAAUUUUGUUGUUUACGACUCGAAGGAGCGGUGACAGUUCGCCGCCAUCUUGGAAAGGAUAUUUUAGAAGACGCCAUUUUGGUUGCCCGGUUUACGCCAAAGAUUUUGGUCUUAUUGAUGCCAAAUUAAUGAAUACCUUCGUUGAACAACAAAUUAUCCACGAAAUCGGCGUAUGUGAUUUGAUAACGCUCGGUAGGGUGUUGUUAGUGCCUAAAUUAAAUUGCUACGAAUAGAUAGACGUAUCGACAUGGAUGUAGUGAGUCGGGGAACUGAUGCUUAUAAUUCGUAAGUUUCAGUCGUUUAUAGCGUCAUGUAGUGGAUUUUGUGUCGAUGGAAACCAGGGUUAUUCCGAUAGUCUAAAUCUGUAAUUCAAUAUUCGAUUUAAUGCAAACUAAGGGUCAAUAUAAGGAUUCUAUUUGAGUUUAAUGUUGGAUGGAUAUGGUAAAUAAUAUAACAAAUUGGUUAUUGAUGUUACUAUGUUUGAAAUUGGUCACUUCGCUUACAGCAUAGACUUUCGGUUUGUAUCCGUAGUAUCCAGGGUUUGCUGGUCACCAUAACUUUGCACGUAUUUGACUUAUUUUAUUCACAUAUUAAAAGGGACUACGAAUUCUAAGAUCAGUGUUGCCAACUUUGUAGAUUUUCAUAAAAUUCCUUCCAAUGUAUAAUAGCUGUCUCAGAUCGCUUUAGUUUUUAUAGUCCAGUUAUACUGUAAUUGUUAUCUUAUAUAGUAAGAAAAUUAAAUAUUAAAAUAUAUUGGCUAAAUUUUAAUUUUUAUAAAGUAUCACAGCUUUUUACACUUACCAUAGAGUUAUGUCAAUUUUAAAUGUUGCCCAACACAAUAUUAAUAGUAUAAUUAUAAUGCAUGUUUCAUUUAUUAGGAAUAUAAAUAAGUUCAUUUUAAUGUAUUGUUAAACGUGGGGAGUAUAUUAGAAUAAAUAUUUUAGUACCCAAGAUUAAUAAUAUGAUGUUCCUAAUCACUUUUGUCGAAUUUGAACCGCUUGUGUUUGUAAUUAAGAUUCGAGAGAUUUAACAUGUGAAGUUAGUAUUAUUCGGUACAUUUUUGGCGUCAGUCUAAAUAUCGGAGGCAUUUUACCAUAAGGUACAGUUUCACAUCAUAAAAGUUUUUCAUAUAUAACACGACCAAAUACAAAAGCCACAGUGUCGUACAUAAAUGAGUUUAUUAACUGAUACUACAUUAACAAAAUAAUUUUUACAAUAACAUUGUGAAACAGGCCUUUACCUAAAAAUAUUUAUAGACUUAAAAUAGAUACAAGUAGGGUAUUUGACUUUUUUUUUAGUUAUAACUUAUAAAAUAUAAACGUCGUAUAAAUUCUUAAACAGAAGAAAUCAUUGAAAUCCAGUAAAAAUAUACAAGUUAUAAGCCAUUGAAAUAGGGUAGGUAGGAGUGAGUGUCAAAAAACAGAAAAGGGACGAAAUACUUGCGUAUGACGUCAUCGAGAAUAACGAGGCGUGCGAAAGAAAGAGAUGGAGCGAUACCCCCACUUCGCGCCCUCUCCCGCAUGUAUUUGAAAUUUGAAUUACUGCCUCAUUUCCUAUCGAAUUUAAAUGCUGUUUUCACAAAGACUUAUUUUUUGUACGAAUUGCAGUUACAUAUAAAAAUGCACAAAAUCAAACAUAGUCAAAUACUCUAUUGCAGACACGUUGCAUGAAGUUAAGAUGUACUUCUGUAUCAAAAUGCGGUAUUAUGCCUCCAUUAUAGUGUUAAAAUAUUCACAAUGUCUGUUGCAUAUCUAGUCUUCAACAGAGGCUUGCGUUAUCGGAUUCAAUUUGGGAUUUGACUAGUCUAUCUACUUACACCUUUCAUGAGGUCUACUCGAUAUUUAGGGUUGCUUGAUUUGACAAAAAAAAUUUACUAAAGACUACAGAAAGAAGAAAUACAAUCAAUGAUACCAUAAAUUCCACAUGAUAAUUACUGGGUUUCAGUACAAAUGUUCUAAAAUUUAUUAAACCUCGCGCUGAUUUUAGCGUUUAGCAACCCUAUAACAAUAACUGCCGGAUUGUUACAAAUUAACUUAUAUAAUUUUACGAAUUGUUUCUAAUGUGUGGGUUUGUUUUAAUAUCUCGUCGAUAGGCUUACUCGAGCGUAAAAUGUUGUCAUAGUGACGUCAUCGAUUUAGAUACUUUACGCGCAAUAAUGGCUGAAGUUAGUCACGAGCAGUGUCGUGUAGAGAAUAAGUGUCAGGCGUUAGAAUAGGUUGACUAACUUCAGACUAUCAAAAUAUAACUGUGGGUAAUUUAUUAAUUAGAAAUUAGACUAGUAAAGAUAAUUUAUCAAAUUCUAAAAUUAAAAUCUUGAAUUAACAGUCACUUACGUUAAAAUGACAGACGUUAAGUGCCCAUAUAUCUUGGGUAUUCAGAAAACUUUGUACCUUCGAAGUUCAUGUGAUGUAUGUGAUUAACAUCGCUAGUAUAGCAAUAAAUGGCGUAUAGAAGCAUGUUAUUUUAUUAUAUUUUAGAUAUAGAAUGCAUGAUUGAAAAGAAAAAAAACUAUAUUAAAUGACGUAUAUUUUUAUGUCGGUUGUAUGGAUUUCAAUCACUUCGUUAUAUCGAGUUUGCACUGUUUCAUGAUAAAUAUUAUAGGUUAGGGUAUUGAGAGAAAUGGUGUAUUACAAUAUUACGUUACAUUUAACUGAUGUAGGGAAAAUUACUUUGGAUUGAAACUUGUUAAUUAUAAUCGAUAUAAAUGUUUAUGGUUAUUGUAUAUUUUGGCAAAAUUUUCAGAUAGAUAAUCGAUAUACUAAAAGCUUACUGAUAUAUAAAAUAAAAUAUUUAUCUGUAAAUUCUGCUAUAAUACAGUGUUAGUGCCACAGAAUCGAUUAAAAUAUCGAUAUAACAAAACAGAUUUUUCAGCCAAAAAUAUCGAUUUGAGGGGACCUUUUAUUCUACGUAUCCGAUUAAUUUUAUAGUUUAGAUCUCAUUGUACACCAAUACAGGACGUUUGAAACGGUCGCGCGGACGUAUUUACGUACAACAUAUGAUUGUGACAUUAGACGUAGAGUAUGGAGUAGACAUUUUGAAGAUUUGAUUUGAAAAUAUCAUCGAUACGUAUCACGCCUUGCAUUGAUACAUAUUAAUUUACCAAUAUAUAAAUAUACUACGUCCAUUUAAUUGUUGCUGGUCUGAAGUUAGUUACAAAUGACCGCGCAAUAGUUUUUAGAUAACAUUUACGAAAGAAAUACACAAUGGAUUGUGCUAUAUCUUCCAAAAUUUAGGAACUGUAAAGGAACAAAACUAAUUAAGGGCCAAUACAUGUCCAUUCUGUCUGUUAUGAUCAAGGCAGAAUUCAUUCGCUCAUACAAGCCUCUCAUACGGAUCAGAAUCCUAGAGCAAGAAACUUAUCGAUGGCAUGUCAACUUUACAGCAGUAUAGAAAUGCAUAGCUUAUUAAUAUUUUUUUGUUCUCCACGGAAGGGACGAAGAGGUACAGGAAAGUAUUUAGGUCAACUGUAAAUUUUUAUACAAAACAGAAUGAACUUUGCUACUUAAAAAGGAUGUCUACUCCAUAAUUAGAGUAAGUUCUUGUUGAUAGUGUACUGCCAAACGGCUUCCCGAACCGAGAUUGUUUAAAUUGAGUUUGUCAUAAGUGAUAAAAAUAAAGAUUUUGUUUCAA